AUGGUAUCAUUCCUCGUAGGGUACUGUGAACGCACUGACUUUGGGCAGGAUGUGGAGGUUCCUUCCGUGAGCGGUGGCUUUCUUUGGGCUGACAAUGUGAACAAAAUGUUUUACCUCUAUGGUGGCGAGUACAUUGAGGUCACUGAUGUCAAGCCGUUCACUAAAUUCUGGUACUUCGACGUCCUCGACAACACCUGGAAGCAGACAACGCAGAUUCAAUCUGAUAUCUCGUGGCCGGCUUUUGGAUCCGGUACAAUCGAUUACGCGAAAGGAAUUGGAUACUACUAUGGAGACUACCUGAAUAACAAGACUGUACCGAGCUGGGGAAAGACAAACCCUCUAAUGAUGAGCUCACUGGUGUCGUUCGACAUGAAUACACAGGCUUGGUACAAUCAAAUGACAGUUUCGCAAGCAGGUAUGUUGGUAUAUUUUGGAGGUCUACAGACGAAUCCCAAUGGAGAGAUGGUAUUUGCGAACAUGAGUGAAAUUCAAAUGUAUGACAUCAACAAUGGCGAAUGGUUCAAGCAGACUACUACCGGAGAUGUGCCUCAGCCCAGGAAAGGGGCGUGCGCAGGUGUCACCUGGGCCAAUGGUCGAUCCUCUUUUAAUUUUGGACUAUGGGGAUGGUCAACCUGCAACGUCGUUCGAGAAUUUCCCCAGAUGCUCAGUAUGGGUGGCUUAUUCAAUGACGAUGAACCCCAAUGCGUUGAGCCAAAGAUCGGUUCGCAAUGCGGGCUGCUUCUAGGACAAGAAACUAUGGAGGUCAAUCCGGACAAGCAAGGCGCUCAAUGGUGGUGGGCGCUCAGAAACGAUAUCAACGGGUACCGAAUACCUGAGAACAUUGUUUCACUGGUUGGUGGAAACGAGAAUGGCUCUGCCACAAAUACUGCACCAGUGCAAGGCUGGGCUAAGCCCUCACUGGGCGCGUUUUUCACAAAUGAGAACUACGACCCACCGCGAAAACCAACGCAAUCAAUCCCAGUAACAUCAGCAACGUCCAUAUCAGCGCCGACAUCCCAGCCAAAGACUGAAAAUCUGAACGUUGGCGCCAUGGCAGGCGGGACUAUAGGUGGUGUUGUUGCGCUUGGUGCGCUAGUGGUCGUUGUCUUCUCUUGCCUCCGGUCCGGGCGCCUUAAGCAAACUCACAGCCAAAUCAAACAGAUUCACAACAACAGAGCGUCCGAACUAGAAGGUCUGGGCAUGGCUCAAAAACCGGCUGCCACAUAUGCGAUCGCAGAUGGCAGCAACAGACCCUUCUCGGUGAGCCCAACGCCUGCAUACUCGCCUCAAGCCUCACCCCCGCCUCCACCUGUGUCUUGGAAUGGUGAACGGAACUACUACCAAUCUCCGCCUCUCAACAACGGCGACUGCACAUAUCACAGCGGCCCGGCAUACCCACAAACCUAUCAUCCACCAGUUCUAGAGCCUUCACAAGCACAUCAGCAGAUGAAUCAACACUACAUGAGCGCAGAACUGCCAAGCUCUCGAAGCCCGAUUAGUACUGAGCUAUCAGAUGUCAGGAGCCUUGUCAACGCUGAGCUGCCAGACCUGAGAAAUCCGGCUCCUAUUCGUGCGCCUCAAUGA